AUGGCACCAAGAAAAGGCCAUUUGAUCAGAGAACUUCAUGCUUCCAAGGAGACGUGGACCAUUGUUGUAAGGGUUGUAAGGAAAUGGAAUGUUACUCCUCAAAACAAGCCUUUAGAGGGUGAGAGGAUACAAGCAAGUGUUACACAAAAGCCUCUUCUUGAACGUUUCAGAGAUAGGGCUGUUGAGGGAAGUACUUGUUUGCCUGAGCAAGAGAUUGCACCUGAAUACUUGAUUGAUGUUAUUGGAGUGUUAAAGUCCAUAGGAAAGCUUGAAGAGUACAGGACCGAAAAUGGAUUCCAAAACAAGCUGACUUUAACAUUGGCAGAUCAAAAUGGCACAAGUAUUGUAUGUGUGCUUCUUGGAGAGUGUGCCUCAAAUACCUAUUAUAGCUAUCUUGACAAUGAAAGGUUUCCAUUAGUGUUUGUCAUUCAACUGUGCCGACUUACUAUAGACAACAAGGAGGUCCAGAUUGGUUCAUCCUUCAAUGCAACAAAAGUGUGGAUGAAUCCAAAUAUUAAGGAAGUUUCAGAUUUGAUCGACAGGUUUAGCAAAAAUGCCAAGGAAAGCUCAUCUCCAAACAACUCUUGCUUCAGCCAAGUUAUACCAAUUCAAACUACACAACUCUCUGCAGACUCUAUGUUGAGAUCCACUAAGAAGAUUAUGAUUUCUGACAUCGACACAAUGAAAGUGGGUGAUCCAUUUAUUAUAGAGUGUGUAAUAGAGAAAUUAGAGACUAAUCCAGGCUGGACAUAUGAGGGUUGUAUCAGAUGUGGAACCAAACAUAGGCCUAAUUCAAAAGGAAUUAUGGAAAAUCGUUCAUAUGCCUUCCCAGAUGAGCUUGAAGAUGUGGUAGGGAGAAAAAUGCUGCUCAAGCUCAAGCGUACAAGCUACAAUCUUGAACAUCCUAACUCUAGCAUUGGUGUGGUUCAAUACACAGCAUGUCAAGACCUUCUUGAGCAAUUUAAAGAGGCUUCAGUAGAGGAGGGUACCAAUUCAGGUCUGGCUAUUAUGGUCUUAGAGGGUACUAUAGUUAAAGAGGGAGUGAAUGAGGUGGUUCCAACAGCCUCAGACUUUAAGAAUAGUCAUGAAGAAACAACUAUGGGUUCAUCUCUUUCCAAAGUUGAACCAAUAAUGUCUCAGGACAUUGGGCUUGAUGAAAUGACUAUAUCUCAGCUGUAUCCUCCUCCAUUGCCAAGAGGAAAGAGGAAGCAAUAUUUGAAAAAGAGUGCAGAAGUCCAGCAAAUUAAUCCCCAACCUCAACCAUCUACUUAUGCCAUGCCUAACACCAAGCCUGUCAAGAUAAUUAAACAAGAAAAACCUUGA